CCCAGAACACUCCACUGUUUAUUCCUCCCUUCCCUUCGAAGAAGAAGAAGAAGAAGAAGAAGGCUAUGAACCUUUAACACACCUCCUAUACGUCAGCAAUCUCUUCUUCGCCUCAUUUUCCAAGUUCAAUCCAAAAACCCCAUUUUCUUCUCUCUUUCUCAUUCGCCGAAGAAUCCACCGUCAAUGGCAACCACGGCGUCGUUUUCCGGUGUCCACUGCUGCGGCGUCCAGCCCUCCACCAGAGCAGCUCCCUUUUCUUUUCCGCCGCCGUUAUCAACCAACUUCUCGCCGAAACCUCCGCGGCACAGAACCCUAAUUUCACUCAAACUGCACAGAAAAGAUUCGAUUUUCGACAAAAAGUCUAGGUCUUUAGUUGUCCUAUGCGAGGCCGCCAGCGGAAAGGCUGUUACUCAGCAAGAGUUCACGGAGAUGGCAUGGCAAGCUAUAGUGAUGUCGCCCGAAGUGGCAAAGGAAAACAAACACCAGAUAGUAGAGACGGAGCACUUGAUGAAGGCACUGUUGGAGCAAAAGAAUGGGCUUGCUCGCCGGAUAUUUUCCAAGGCUGGUGUGGAUAAUACCCGUCUGCUUGAAGCGACCGUUCGUUUCAUUGAACGACAACCUAAGGUUCUUGGCGAGUCAGCAGGUUCAAUGUUGGGGCGAGACAUGGAAACAUUGAUCCAGCGGGCCAGAGAGUUUAAGAAAGAAUAUGGUGAUUCAUUUGUGUCAGUGGAGCAUUUGGUGCUUAGCUUUGCACAAGACAGGCGUUUCGGAAAGCAGCUGUUUAAAGAUUUUCAAAUUACUGACAAGAGUCUAAAAGAUGCCAUACAGGCCAUUAGGGGACGCCAAACUGUUAUUGAUCAAGAUCCUGAAGGAAAGUAUGAAGCUCUGGAAAAAUAUGGAAAAGAUUUGACUGCAAUGGCAAGGACAGGAAAGCUUGAUCCUGUUAUAGGCCGAGAUGAUGAGAUACGUCGAUGCAUUCAAAUCCUUUCUAGGAGAACUAAGAACAAUCCUGUCCUAAUUGGAGAGCCAGGUGUUGGAAAAACUGCAAUAUCUGAAGGGCUUGCCCAGAGAAUUGUGCAAGGAGAUGUCCCACAAGCCUUGAUGAACAGAAGGUUGAUCUCUCUUGAUAUGGGAGCACUUAUUGCUGGUGCAAAAUAUAGGGGUGAGUUUGAAGAUAGGCUUAAAGCAGUGCUCAAGGAAGUGACCGACUCUGAUGGGCAGAUUAUCCUUUUCAUUGAUGAGAUUCACACUGUAGUUGGUGCAGGCGCCACGAAUGGUGCCAUGGAUGCUGGCAAUCUGUUGAAGCCGAUGCUUGGCCGUGGAGAGUUGCGUUGUAUUGGUGCAACCACAUUGGACGAAUUCCGGAAAUAUAUUGAAAAAGAUCCGGCAUUGGAGCGUCGCUUUCAGCAAGUCUAUGUUGACCAGCCCACCGUUGAGGACACUGUCUCUAUACUCCGUGGGCUCCGCGAAAGAUAUGAGCUUCACCAUGGGGUCCGCAUAUCGGACAGUGCAUUAGUUGAUGCUGCAGUUCUCUCUGAUCGUUACAUCAGUGGACGCUUUUUACCUGACAAGGAUGAUUUCGUCUUCGUUUCUGAACUGAAUCAGCAGUGGGAGCAUGAAAAGACUGUCAUGACACACUUGCAGUCCAUCAAGGAAGAGAUUGAUAGGGUGAAUCUUGAGAUCCAACAGGCAGAAAGGGAGUAUGAUCUCAACCGUGCUGCUGAACUCAAGUAUGGUAGCCUAAACUCAUUGCAGCGCCAGCUUGAUGCCGCGGAGAAAGAGUUAGACGAAUACUUGAAGUCUGGGAAAUCCAUGCUUAGAGAAGAAGUUACUGGGAACGACAUUGCAGAGAUUGUCAGCAAAUGGACUGGAAUCCCAGUCUCCAAGCUACAACAGUCUGAAAGGGAAAAGCUUCUGCAUUUAGAGGAAGAACUCCAUAAACGGGUUGUUGGCCAAGACCCAGCGGUCAGAUCCGUGGCCGAAGCAAUUCAGAGGUCUCGGGCCGGUCUUUCGGACCUGCACCGCCCGAUUGCUAGCUUCAUGUUCAUGGGCCCCACGGGUGUUGGAAAGACAGAGUUAGCCAAGGCACUCGCGACCUAUCUGUUCAACACAGAGGAAGCUCUUGUGCGUGUCGACAUGAGUGAGUACAUGGAGAAACAUGCAGUCUCAAGACUAAUAGGUGCCCCACCCGGGUACGUAGGGUACGAGGAAGGAGGGCAGUUGACUGAGAUUGUCCGUAGGAGACCCUACGCGGUCAUCUUGUUUGAUGAGAUAGAAAAGGCACAUGCCGACGUGUUCAAUGUUUUCCUUCAAAUCUUGGAUGAUGGUAGGGUCACCGACUCCCAGGGGCGCACUGUGAGCUUCACAAACACAGUCAUCAUUAUGACAUCAAAUGUGGGGUCACAGUACAUUCUGAAUUCGCUCGACGAGAGCGAGCUGUCUUAUGAAACCAUAAAGCAAAGGGUGAUGGAGGCUGCAAGAGCCAUUUUUCGCCCUGAAUUCAUGAACCGUGUUGAUGAAUACAUAGUGUUCCAGCCCCUUGAUCGCGAGCAGAUCAAGAGUAUCGUCCGAUUACAGCUGGGACGCGUGCAGCACAGAUUGUCCGACCGGAAAAUGAAGCUACGAGUGAGUGAAGCUGCGGUUGAGCUGCUGGGAAGCCUCGGGUACGAUCCGAGCUACGGGGCCCGGCCCGUGAAGAGAACGAUUCAGCAGAACGUGGAGAAUGAGAUAGCAAAGGGCAUCUUGAGGGGAGACUUCAGAGACGAGGACACCGUGUUGGUCGACACCGAGGUAUCCGCGGUUCCCAACGGUCAGCUUCCCCAAGCCAAACUUGUAUUCAGGAGGGAGUCCGGUUCUUCUUCGGGCGCUUUGGGUGCUUCUUCUCCUGUGGACAAAGAAGCAUCAUUCUCCCAGUAAACGGCAAAGGUGUAUAUAUGUAAUGGAACUGAGCAUUAUAAAAAGCUCUCUUGUAAUGUUUAUUUUUGAGUGUUUAUUUUUGAGAAUUGGAAGAGAAUUAAAAAAUAAAAUUUAUAUAUCAAAAACUACAUAAAAAGCUCUACAAAACAAGAUGUGACUAUAUUAUACUCCGUAUUAUUUUAUAUCAAAUGAGUAACAAAAAUAAGAAAAGAAAGUAAACUUAUUUUU